AUGUUACGGAUCACGAGAUUGUUUGCCCACGCAAUUGGCCAAAACAAGAAGGUUUUGUCCAUUGAUGAGGCAUUGUACCUGGCGAAGGACGCUGGAUUUGCAACAAAAGCCGAAAUCCAGAAACUCAUAGUUGCUUCGCCUCCAUUCUCGCCGGACAAAUCGCCAUUCCUCAUCUCUAAUUUUUUCAACGAAAAACGUGGAUGUCAGACAUUCGAUGAGGACAUCGAGGAGGCAAAGGAUCAAUCCACCCAAAUAGAUCGCAUUAUAUCAUCGCAACAGUUGCCCGAGAUCUCGCAAAUUGAUCAUAUUCUAGCAGAAAAGACUAACCCCGGGUCCACUAAUUUCUUCUGGAACCAAGGAGAAAGGUGGAAAGUACGAGCAGAUGGAUUUGGGACGUGUAUGCGCUCUACAACCCAUCUUAUAAUACAACGGGGUAGAGGAAUUGUAAAAGUCAACGGCGAAGAGGACCUGUAUAAACGCUGGCCGAUUUUUUAUAACAGAAUGGACGUGUUAGAACCGCUGUAUUUAGCAGGAUGCUGUGGAGUGUAUGACGUUUUUAUAGAAACGAGAGGAGGCGGCAUUACGGGUCAGUCCCGAUCAGCGAGGCUUGCCCUUGCACGGGCCCUAGUCAGUGCAAAUCCCUCUGUCAAAUAUGCACUUGAAGCGGCACUAUACGAAGACACCAGGCAAAAAAUGCCAAAGAUGCCCGGGAGAACCGGUGCCAGGUCUUUGAGGAAGUGGAGGAAGAGAUGA